CUCACCCUCUCAUUCACUACGGAUUUGUUGAGUUCACAUGUUCACUCUAAAGUCUUUCUCACUUUUUUUCCCGCGACUCUUAAAGCCUUUUUGGUUUUGAGCGUGCAGUCUCCAGGUGCACUUUACCAUCAGCUUAGUGGGCUUUUUUUUUCUUCUUCUCGUCGCUUUUAGUUUUUUUGUUUUGCACAGUUAGUUAGUUGAGUUCCGUGUGUCUCUGCGCUCCACAGCGUCUUCGCUCUCCAGCAUGGAUCUAAUUUGGAUUGCGGGCUUGGCUAUGAGCUUCUGCGCCUGGUUUGCCUCGGCGGAGCGGCACAGCGUCUACUGGAACAGCACCAACCCAAAGUUUCAGCGAGACGACUAUGCCGUGAAGGUGAAGCUCAAUGACUACCUGGACAUUGUGUGCCCCCACUACCCUCAGGGUGAGGUGCCGCUGGUGGACGCCGAGCGGUAUGUGUUGUACAUGGUGGAGCGGGAAGAUUACGAAUCCUGCAAGCCUCAGUCGUACGAACAGAUGCGUUGGGAGUGCAGCCAUCCGUUUGCCCCUCACGCGCCGGAGAAGUUCUCUGAAAAGUUCCAGCGAUUCACUCCGUUCACCUUCGGGAAGGAGUUUCGUCAGGGAGAAAGCUACUAUUAUAUCUCCAACCCUUUGCACCACCACGGCAAAGAGUGUCUCAAGCUCCGGGUGGACGUCAUCGCAGCUGAUGGCUCCCAGGAGGCCAGAGUGGCCAACAAAGGUACAGGCGGGGGUGGAGUUGGAGCAGGGGGUGGUGCUCACAACCCCUCCAACAGACCUGCAGCAGAUGAACCAGUUGAAGUCCUGCCAGAUGUCCUAAGCGUCCACUCUGCAGCUGCGGCUACGUCGCUCUCGGUCCUGUCAUUGCUAGUCCCCUUACUACUUUUGUUACACUGAAAGGACGUGAAAUGACUUACUUUAUUCAGGGACUACAGUGAAGACAGUCCGUGGGGUUGGAAACCACUGACUUAAAGCAAAAAUAUUACACCCAGUGCUGGCCACUGGAAGAACCCUUCAGAACUUGUAAAGUAUGGAUGAACCCCUCAUUGAGCAUUUGAGUCAAAAUGUUUGUGCUUGGUCUUAUUUUCAAGAAGAUUACAGUAUUUUUUACUUCUUUUUUUUUUUUUGCAAAACAAGGCCCUCUUUGCAUUGUAUUUGUCAAGAGGGCUCUACAACAAAACUUUUUGGAGGACACAUUCCUUCUGAAACUAUGAAGACAAAGAAGAUCUCAACGUGGAUGAAGAACAUUCAAGAGCACAAAACAACAACUUGACCAUUUAGGGAUUGGAUAUCUGAACUCGAGCCAAAGAACAGCCCUCUCUCUCCAACAUGUACACUAUUCCACCCUUGAGUAUUGUGUACUGAUUUGUCGGUGUUUUUAUCGUUACUGAGUGCCGUUGAUGUCUCAAGUGAUUUUUUUUAAUUUUUUUUAUUCUAAAUGUAGCAUUUACACACACAGGAGCUGUUCUCGUCACCUCCAUCCCUUUGUGGACCAUGUGCUCACACACUGUAGCACUACAAGUACGCAUACAGUGGCUCCUAGAAGGCCUCACAUACCUGUUAAUAUGCCAGGUUUUUCAGAUAAAUACUUUUUUAAAAACCUUUUUCCAAGUGAAAUGUGACAUUUAGUUUGUACAACUCAACUGAAAAACAAACCAAGAAAAAAGAUAAAACCCUACAACCACCUUGUUGCACACUUGAGCACACCCUUGAACCAAAAUUUUGUUGAAGCACAUUUUUAUUUAAUUUCAGCAUUUAAACGUGUUUGGUGGGAGUCUGUCUGGAUGCCACAUCCUAACUUGGAAUUAUUUACCUGCUACACCUUGAAAGGUUCUGCAAACCAAUCAGAUUGUGAGGACAUCUAUUGCCCUCAGCCCUCUUCAGGUGACGUGCCCAGAUUCCCUUUUGAAUUUAUUUCAGGUCCAUAGCUGGGCCUUUUCAGAAUCUUAACUUUCUUUCCAUGAACCCUUUUUUACUUCGUUAAUUUGGAUAUAAGCUUGGACUGUGAUGCUGAAAGAUCAAAUCUCAAAUCAACUUCCAAUCGCUAGAAGACACCUGAAGGUUUUUGGGCUGAAACUGUCUGGUUUUUAGAGAUAUUUAGAACCUUUUCCACCUUGACCAAAAAACUUUAGCUCAAUUUCAAGAAAGGUAACCCCAUAGCAUGACACUGCCACUACCAUGUUUCAUAUGGGUAUGGUGUACAAUUUUGAUGAUGUGCUGUUUUUGUACCAAAUAUACCUUUUUGGGAAGGGUGCCCCAAAAGUUCAAGUUUGGUUUCAUCAAACUAAAAUGUACUUUCCCAAAAGGUUUUGGGAGAUUUUAACGAUGCCUCAGAGUUCAAUUUGGAGGAAAGUACAUAUUGCAACCUUGCUACUUAGUCCAGACGUACAGUACGUCAAACCUUGGUGGAACAUGUGGAACCCAACCAGUACUUGUUGGAAAGUCCUGCAGCUCCUUCAGCGUUGCAGUAGGCCUUACUAACAAGUCUGCUGGCUUUUCUUUUUCUUUUCUUUUUUUAAGUAAUUUUGGAGAAUUUUCCAGUUUCUGUAAUAUUUCCUGCUGUCCCAUUUUUUUUUUUUUUUCAGAUUUUUGGUGCAUUCCUUUGCUGUUACAUUUCGUGCGUAUACCGCGCCUGAUUGAUACAUUUGUUCAACGUUAGUUUUGAUCCUCUAAAAUUUAUCUGCACACUCUGCAGAAUGCAAAUCAGCAAAUAUCAAGAAAAUCAUGAAAUCAAUUUAAAAUUAAUGUUCCCUAUUUCUACAUGCAGGUUUUUGCAGCUAAUAUUGGAAUUUUUUUGUAUAAAUUUGUCACCCUUUUUGUUGAAUUUCUGCAGGAUAAAUGCCAGAUUAUACGUGGAAAAAGUUUUUGAAAUGAUUUAUCUUGGUCUCCUUUUAACGGGGGGGUGUGUAGACCUUUAGGGGCUCCUGUAGUUUGAACACUGACGCACACCGCCAGCCGAUGCUGUGUGAACACACUCCAUUACACACUACAUAAUUUUACAUGUACAUUCUGUGAAGAUAAUUUAUGACAUUUUUUUUGCAGCUCAGAAGUUUUACUGUACAUACCUUGUGCUCACUAAAUGUAAUGUUUACUGAUGGCGAUGAGUGCUGGGGAACGCAUGCGUGUGUGUCUUGAACUGAGAAUAAGAGAAUGUACUUUAGCUGUGGGGGUUACGAUUUGGAAGAGUGUUGAGACAAAAUGUUCCUUCUGCCAAUAGCAAAAACACUGAGAUGACGGUGUGUAUUGAGGAGAGGCUGGACUUCUCCGUUAGCUGGGUUAAGCCACUGUACUGGUUAAACUCUCUGACAUGAAGGGCUGGUUGAACUUCUUUCUAGGCGUUUAGUUUUAGAUCACUUAAUAAAAAAGUUAAAGCUUAUCAAUCACCAGUUGUCAGCAGAACAGGACACAGCAUCGAACGGAGUUGCUAAGCUCAUCUUCACCUGACCAGAAACGACAAAGCACAACAGUGUAUGACUACCAUCUUUCUUUGUCUUGUUUUUUUUUUACCUGAACUCUUGAUGCCUAAUUUUGUACAUGUGUAAGUAAAAGAAGUGUAUAAUAUGUCCAUAUGUGUAAAUAAAUAUAGAUUAUAUAAAAGCCGAGUUUGAUAAAUGUGAAAGAUUUUCAUGUGAAAUAAAAAAAAAAAGAUAUUUUUGGAAAACCAGA